AUGCGUUCGAUAAUAAAGUUGUUGUCAGUUUUAAUUAUUGCCUUGAUCUUUGUGACGUUGAAUAUUCAAAGUGCAACUGCUAACGACAGUUUGCUCAAACGACAAUCUAAUACUCCAACACAAGCUUCAAAUUCAACGACACCAAGUCAAACAACAACUCCAAGUUCAACAAAUUCAAACCCAACAGGUUCAAAUUCAACAACUCCGAGUUUUACAACUUCAAAUUCUACAACUUCGAAUUCUACAACAACCUCAAAUUCUACAACACCUUCAAAUUCAACAACACCUUCAAAUUCAACAACACCUUCAAAUUCAACAACAACUUCAAAUUCAAAUUCCACAUCAACAAAUUCAUCCUCCGCAUUUCCAAACCUUCCGGCUGCCGGAGCAGCGCCAGUUACUAUCACGAUCACAAGUCCCACAUCACAAGACAAGCUUCAAGCCAUCGGGCAUAAAGUUACUUUCCAAUGGACUUAUUCAUCCAAUUUCGGAAUUAUGCCAAAAUAUUUGAAUAUAUGUGCUAUACCUCAAAGCUGGUCGAAUUCUAAUCAAAAUUACACAAUAGUUAAUCUUUUGAAUCCAAUUAACACUACGUAUGUUUGGGAUACGAGUCAAUAUACUAACCCCCAAUUAAUUGAGGGAACGUAUACCCUUUAUAUUUACGAUGAGAGAGGUCCGCAAAAUACUGGUGGUGCUGGAAGGUUACAAGCCUCAACAACCUUUAGUUUUAGCAUGUACUCACCUGGAACCAAUAUUCCUCUAUCAGAAUUCCACUGCACGGAAUGCUCUAUUGCUUCAAAAUCGUUACCACCAUUUUUUAUAGCGACCGUGAUAUCAAUUAUAUCCAGUAUCACUCUUGUAGUAUCACACUUUUAUUCACUAAUAGACUAA